AUGGAAAGGAUAGUGCAGCACCAGAAUGACCGUAUCAAAAAACUUGAACAUACCGUGGCCAGUCAAACAGUGGAGAUAAAAGAUCUGAAUGGUGAAUUAGUUGACGUUAAAUCGGAGAAUUUGGACAAACAGGAGCAGAUUUCGAUUUUAAAGAAAAUUGUAUUGAAAAGAUUACGUCAACAGUCGAAACAGGAAGUAGAUCCAAAAGUGCAUGAUAAUCUGGUUAAUUUUGAUAAAAAUAAACGCCUACUGGAGGGAAUCCAUCCGUCUCCGAUCCCUGUUCCUAUUACAGCGUUCUAUGCUUACAUGAGUCAGUCAUUUACAACGCAGGAAACAAAACAUACUUUAUUAUUUGAUAAGGUAAAAACAAACAUUAAUGGCGGCUACAGUCCAAACACGGGAAUUUUCAGAGUCCCUGUGGAAGGAGUGUAUGGUUUUACGUUUAGUGUUAGGGAAGACGGUACAAGCUAUGGUUCAUAUGAAAUUAUUAAAAAUGCAGAAACUGUUGGUUCGGCGAUUGGUCUUGUAGAAGGUGCCGGUAUUCAACAACAAGUGGUCGGGACCGUAAUAAUUUCGGCAAGUAAAGGAGACGACAUUUUUGUUAGAACACACUCAGGUUUCCAACACCAUGGUGCGAUACUGAGUAGCACACAUGGAAGAUCAAUGUUUGCUGGAUGGUUAAUUUCACAUUAA